AUGGGGGAAACUUCGGAAACCGUGUUUUCGGCUUCUUUACAGAAAAUGAAACAUGUUAAGUCUGAUGAGGGGGAUAUGCUUACCAAGCCUUUCUUGGAUGUGUGCAAAUUGGUACUGCCUAUCAUAGAUAAAUUCGGACCGGCUAUGGCCAUUGUGAAAUCAGAUGUCGGUGGUAAUAUAUCAAGAUUGGAACAUAAAUAUGAAUCAAAUCCAACCAGAUUCAACUACUUGUUUGGUUAUGUACAAGCAGAAAUUGAAACAGACACCGCAAAGUCAUGGACAAGUUGCACAAAUGCCAUUCUCUGGCUGACGAGAGCUAUGGACUUUCUAGUGGAGCUAUUUAAUAACUUCUCCCAACAUCAAGAUUGGGGAAUGCAACAAUGCUGUAAUGAUUCCUAUAGUAAGACGUUGAAAAAAUGGCAUGGCUGGCUAGCCAGUUCAAGUUUUACUGUUGCUAUCAAGCUUGCUCCUGAUAGAAAAAGAUUUCUGGAGGUGCUAGGCGGAGCAGAAAAUAUCCAGGCUGAUAUGGAGAAGUUCUGCACAGAAUUCUCGCCUAUUUUAAGAAAGAUCCACAAGUUUCUGGCUAGUUGUCGCUUGGAUAGCAUGAAAGCUCUAUGAUGAGGUUCCCCAUUGAGUAGCUUUAGUCUUAUGUUAUCUUUUUCAUUUCUCUAUUCCAUUAUAAUAUCUUCCUUAGUUGUAACAUAAUUAGAUUUUGGAUCAAUUAGAUUGGCCACUUCUGUAACUUGGUUCAUUUGUUUUUAACAGCUUAAACCAA